AUGGAGAGCGGCCCCACCAGCGCCCUGCCCACACAGCCGGGCACUCUGGACGUGUUUCCCAAGAGGAGACUGGAGGCUGGCGACAUCGCGGUGCUGGUAUUCUACUUCCUCUUCGUCAUGGCCGUGGGAAUCUGGUCCACAGUGAAGACCAAAAGAGACACCGUGAAGGGCUACUUCCUGGCUGGAGGAGAAAUGGUCUGGUGGCCAGUGGGUGCAUCCUUGUUUGCCAGCAACAUCGGGAGUGGACAUUUCGUCGGCUUGGCCGGGUCAGGCGCUGCUACGGGCAUUUCUGUAGCCGCUUAUGAGUUUUGUGGCCUGUUCUCCGUCCUCAUGCUGUCCUGGGUCUUCCUGCCGGUCUACAUCGCUGGCCAGGUCACCACGAUGCCGGAAUACCUGCGGAAGCGCUUCGGCGGCAGCCGGAUCUCCGUCACACUGGCCGUGCUCUACCUGCUCAUCUACAUCUUCACCAAGAUCUCGGUGGACAUGUAUGCAGGUGCUGUCUUCAUUCAGCAGUCUUUGAACCUGAAUAUGUACCUGGCCACGGUUGGGCUAUUGGCCAUCACAGCCGUGUACACGGUCGCAGGUGGCCUGGCCGCCGUGAUCUACACGGACGCCUUGCAGACGGUGAUCAUGCUUGUUGGAGCUCUCACCCUGAUGGGCUACAGCUUUGUGGCCGUGGGCGGGUUGGACGGCCUGAUGGAGAAGUACUUCUUGGCGGUGGCCGCCAACCAGACCGAGGACAAAAGCUGCGGACUGCCCCGAGAAGACGCCUUCCACAUCUUCCGGGACCCAGUGAACUCCGACCUCCCGUGGCCCGGGGUCCUGUUCGGAAUGCCCAUCCCAUCCCUCUGGUACUGGUGCACCGAUCAGGUCAUUGUCCAGCGGAGCCUGGCCGCCAAGAGCCUGUCCCACGCCAAGGCGGGCUCUCUGCUGGCGGCCUACCUGAAGGUGCUGCCGCUCUUCAUGAUGGUGUUCCCUGGGAUGGUCAGCCGCGUGCUUUUCCCAGACCAGGUGGCCUGCAUAGUCCCGGAGAUCUGCCAGGAGGUCUGCAGCAACCCGACCGGCUGCUCCAACAUCGCGUACCCCAAACUCGUGCUGGAAAUCCUGCCCACGGGGCUCCGUGGCCUCAUGAUCGCCGUGAUGAUGGCCGCGCUCAUGUCCUCGCUCACGUCCAUCUUCAACAGCUCCAGCACCAUCUUCACCAUGGACCUAUGGAAGCACGUCCGGCCGCGGGCCUCUGAGCAGGAGCUGAUGAUUGUGGGGCGGGUGUUCGUGCUGCUCCUGGUGCUGGUGUCCAUCCUGUGGAUCCCCGUGAUCCAGGCCAGCCAGAGCGGCCAACUCUUCAUCUACAUCCAGGCCAUCAGCUCCUACCUGCAGCCGCCCGUGGCCGUGGUCUUCAUCAUGGGGUGCUUCUGGAAGCGGACCAACGAAAAGGGUGCCUUCGCGGGUCUGGUCCUGGGCCUCCUCCUGGGUGUGAUUCGGAUGAUCCUGGACUUUGCCUACACGGAGCCGCAGUGCGGCCAGCCAGACAACCGCCCUGCCGUGGUGAAGGACAUCCACUACCUCUACUUCGCCAUGAUUCUGUCCGCGGUCACCCUGACCACCCUGUGUGCCGUGAGCUGGUUCACAGAGCCACCCUCCGAGGAGAUGGUCAGUCGCCUGACCUGGUUCACUCGUCAUGACCCCGUGGUCCGGAAGGAGCCUCCAGCAGCCCCCCUGCCCCCUGCCCUCUCUCAGAACGAGGCCAGUGGCGACACCAACACCCAGCUGGAGGGUGUUGAGGAAAACGCAGACAAAACGCCCCAAGGCGCUGAGAGCCCGAGACGAUCCCGCGUGGUGACAGCCAUCCUGUGGCUCUGCGGGAUGGGGGGCUCGGGCUCGGACUCGGGCCCAGCGGAGCCGGCGAGCAAAGAGGACGUUGUCCUGGUGUCCCUGGAGGAGAAGCCCCUGGUGCGAACAUUCCUGAACCUCAACCUCGUCGUCUGCGCCUGCUGUGCCAUCUUCCUCUGGGGCUACUUCGCCUAGCGAGGCCGAGCCCGGGGGUCCGAGCGCCGGUGACCGUGCCCCGUCGAAUGAAGGGAAAAAUAAACACGGCUUUGUUUACCACGAGGCUGACAGCGUGUUUCUGGGCCGUGUCCGACGUGACGACUAGCCUUGUCCUCUCACGUGGGAUCGGAGGCCAGGGGCUGCGGGAGGCCGAGAACAGUGACAGCUCCCGUCCCCCACGGGGGCCGACACAGGCCCUUUCCCACACGCCUCUGCCGGCCAAGGUCACAGCAUCCUCACACCUCCCACACUGCCUGGGCCAGCACAGCGGCACACAGUGGGCCCGCGAGCAUGGUCAUGGUCACGAGCAGCCAACUCGUGCCUCUGCUCCUCCCCGAUCCGAACCACGCCGCCUUCUUCUGGCUAACACCUCUUCUAGCCCCAGCUUAAGAUCACUGCCUCCAGGAAGCCUUCUCAGAUUGCCCCACCUCCAUCAUUACAUGUGUCUACAAAGCAGGUCUCACACUUCCUCUCGAUAGCUUAACUGUCUUCCUGUACGGAGCAGAAUCCUAGGGGCAGGAUACACCGCUCACGCUAGCGUGGUACCUGGCGAAUAGAUAAACAGACAACCCUAAAAUGCACCUCGCCUAGCUCCUUAUCACAGGUGCACACGCCCCGCUCCCCACCUGCGACCAAGGGCGCCCACUGUGCCCACGCCAGGUAAGCUCCUUGAGAUCCAUGCUUGUGGAGGGGCCUGAGCGUCCCCUGGCCUUGGGAGCUGUGUGACUCCAAGCCCUCCUGCCCACUCGGCCCCUAGGCUGCCCUGUGGCCAGCCCUCACCU